AUGGCGAGCCAAUUCAUCCAAGCCUUGACUUCUCGAGGCCGCACGCGUCUGCGCAAGGAGUACCCAUCAGAUUGCUUUGGGACUUGUGUCGGCUCCCUCAACCUUGCACAAUAUUGCUGGGUUGCGAAAGGGCCAGUACAGAGGCUAUUCUACUCUGAAAUCAAAGACAAAUUAUUAGCUCACCUGGACGGCUGGUUUGGAUCUGUGUCCAGCGCGGACGGGAUUACUCUUACGCUAUAUAUGAUUGGCACCAGCCACCGCACGGCAUCUCCAAUCAUUCUGUUUAUCUGCAAGGACACAUCAUACAGCAAAGAAGCCAGAAAGUUCAUCAAGGCCGUUGGAAUACUCAAAGAAUACCCGGGAUUUAGGACCGGUCACGUAAUGGAAGACCCGGGUUGGGGUGCAGAGCUAGUCCAGCUUGCGUCUGAUGAAGAAAUGGCUUCCAACAUGCGGCCUUUGCAGCCAGUGGAAGAAGUUUUCUAUGACCGGACGACACCUUUGCGAGCUACGGGCAUGACCAUCUUUGUGCGUCAUGGAUCUUCUAUGCGUCCCGCAACGGGGAAUCUUAUUCAAACUCACGGCCGAUCGUUUUAUCUUACGGCUGGUCACGCCUUCUUUGAAGGAAGCAAGCUAAAACCACAAAGUUUGGGGCAGGACGAUGAUUUCGAAAUUGACAGCGACUCCGAAGCGGAUUACGACGAUGAACUGGAUGCCAUGAUCACGAGCAUCGGUAGUCAAAGCCCUGAUGCAUGGUCAGAUGACAAUGAGUCAGUGAAUUAUAGUGUUCAAGAUUACUUAUCCGAACAAUCUUCAUAUUGUAGCUUUUCUACCCCAACAUUCGACGCAUCACAAGGUAGCGGUACGACACCGGCUUUAUUCUCAUUCGAGCAGGCAUCUGACAGACUCUUGCCUUUUGUUAAGCGUGAGGCCGACUACUCUAGUCGAGAAAUCGUCGUGCCGCCUGCAAACUUGCUCUCACUGGUCGGGAAGCUGGCGGUUUGGUCAGUAGAUAAGGACUGGGCUCUCAUCGACAUUACUGAAGUUUGGAACUCUCAAGUUUCCUCCCUCCUUUCAGACAGCGCUUCCGGGCUCUCAGAUGCUCCCUUGGCUAUGUAUCCAUCGGAGAAUGCGAGGAUUUUUGCGUGCACUUCCUCUGGGGAUCGCAUGACUGGCGUUGUCGCCGGAUCACCCUCUUUCACUAGGGUACCGCAUGGCAAGUCGUUUCAAGAAGUAUUUCCCAUCAAAUUUGAUGGGCCGCUUGCCAAUGGAGAUUGCGGCUCUGUGGUUCUUGACGCGACUACUGGCGAGAUCCUCGGCCAUAUAGUGGCAGGAUGCCGACAAACGGGAUUUGCCUAUGUGAUGGCCGCUCAUCAUGUUUUUCCGGAGCUUCUUCUCUCUGUAGAGGACUUGCCUGGCGCGACGAACAAGCAAGUAGCUUCUCUGAUGGCAAUCACUAUAGCCCAACCUGCAGAGUAUUGCCAAAUAGGACCGUACGAAAUCGAUUCCUAUACUACCGACAGUGAAAACACGCAGACUGCUACUAAGGAGGAUAGACCCAAGGCAGCCAACCCUAGUGGCAAUGGCCCUGAGCAAAAGUAUGGUCGGCUUUGGACCGCAGCCAGUUAUUCUGGACCUGACACAUCAUUUUUCGGUCAAUCAAAAGAGACAUAUAAGCUACACCAGCUCCUUGAAGGGAUUCGCACGACGGCCUCGACACUGUCCGGACGAAGCAGCAUAGACGGCGAGCAUGCGCUAGAGAUUUUGGAUGACCCAUUUAACGACAUGUGUCUUACGAAGGCUAAUAGUACUAUUCAGCAGCGGUCGUCACCCCCCUUCCAGCGAUGGUGGGAGAGUACCGCCGACUGGUUGUCACUCUCGACGUACAGAAAUAACCUGGUCUACAGCUCUCUCAACAUUCACACAUCUCUUCCUGGGGUCAAAUCUUGCAAAUGUUCCUUGCAAUAUAUCAAUAAAGUUGACCAGAGUAAUCCUGUGCCCAGGAAGGGCCGGCGGAAGGGGUUCUCUACCCAAGUGGACGAAGGCAGACCGCAGAAUGCCCGUGUGAACGCAGUUUGCCUUCCGUGCCGUGUCCAAAAAGGCGGUUCAAGAUCCACAGUACCAAUUGGCCAAGCGUGCAUGGCAUUUAUGGAGGCCAAGACUGACAGAGCCAUCGCUGGUGGUGGUGUCAACAUGUCAAAAGUUUCGGUAUGUCUCAUCUUUACCGCGUCGAAUGGGAAUAGCUUAAUCAAUUUGGCACAGCGUCCGAUACGCAGAAUCGACGAUAUGCCCCAGAAAGAGAAUGGCUCGAUGUGGAAUCCUACGUACUCCUCCUAUGCGAAUUGGAAGGAAGGCAUUGCCCCAGAGUCUCCAAACGUGGUACAACUCCAGCGUCCAGCCAAUGAAUUCGACCAUCUAAUUUCACAGAUGUACGCGCUUCAGCGGGAUGAACCACAAUCCCCAGGGACUACCAACCGUUUGGAAAUAGCAUUACCCGAUACCGAGGUCGAGCUCAUAACAUCGACAGUGCCCAAUCCAGAAAUCGUUCCAGAUCAGGAACUUUCGGCGAUCAACGCAACAGAAAUCAGUCCAGAUCAGGAGCUGACAGCGACCAACGUCCAACCAACAAGAGUAGUAAUCACCCAGAAAUUCGUCUACCGUGGCUUGGAUCCUGUUUUAGACGCAGCCCUGACUUGGUGCCAGCGACCGAUCGGCCACCCUGCCGACAGCCAGUUUCAACCUGGAUCUUCAUCCAUCCGGCCGCAACACCAAGCGGGAUUAGAUGUACAUCCGGCACCGUCGAACGAAAAUGAAAAGAGUCAUCAAAAUGAUAUAAGAAGCUCGCGACCAGACGAAGCAGGCUCUGGAUUGAUACAAAAGGCUCUCCCAUAUUCCGUGUCAGACUCAGGCCGUACAGCAAAUGCAGCGUCCUAUUAUGGACCGCUCGGCAUAAAUAACCCUGACGCUGCCCUACAACAACAUACCACUGAUUCAAGCUUUGUGCGGCCAUGGAAAGAAAACGGAAACCUUCUAGGACUGGGACCUGGCAACAUUCGCGCAUCAGAGGGUUCCGUUUCCGAGGCACCGCAUUCACUUACAAACGUCACGGCUGAGUCCGAUUCGUUUUGGGCCAGUGAUGGCGCAUCAUUUGUAUCACAAAACCCCCGGUAUCCUUACAAGGGAGGCAAUCUUGAGCCGGGAACGCCGGCCACGCCACAAACCGGCCGAUAUCUACAUCCAUCCUCGUCAAGUGCAAGUUAUCGUGACGCAUCUAGAGGCUCACAUAGCUUAGGAAACAGAAAAAGGAGAGCUUCGUCGCUAUCAGCUGGCAAUGUCUCGCGCCAGUUGUCGAGAGGGGGGAUGCCAGCAGGCUUCAGGAGGGCAAAUAGUCAACGUUCUACCCAGGACCAUUCCCAAGGCGAUAAUGACUUUGGUGAGCGCCCCUGGGCUUGCCCAUUGGCACAGAAAUGUGGUGAUUCCAGCCAUCGGUGUUAUGGAUGGACCUUCGCCGACGUCUCACGCGUCAAGCAGCAUCUGAACAGAGAUCAUGCUUCGGAGAUCACGGAAGACCAGUUCAAAAAGAUAAGUGUCCGCAUGCCGACCAAAGAAGUGGAAUCCUGGAACAAAAUAUUUCGCAUUCUCUUCCCCGAAAAUGAACAACUACCAAGUCCGUUCUUUAAUGCUCAGUUUGAUGUUCAACAUCGAAUCAGCCCAGAAAGCCUAAGAGAUCAUCUGUUAUCAAGGGUAGAGGACCUAGACCACAUGUCAUCAGAACAAAUAGAAGGGGUUAGACGGUUCAUUGCGGAAACUUCACACACCUUUUUGCACCAAGCAAGUCAUGAUUCCCGGCAUGACCCCAAAGAACCAAGUGCCCAUUACGGCCUUGGAUCGGGCCCGCAGCAACAGGGAAGCCAAGGAAACAUACAGCACUCGUCACAGAGCUUUGAGAAACAUACAGAGGCAUAUCCGAGUGUGCUACCAGAUGAAGUCUCCAGGGGAGGGCUACUAGGAGGUGUAGGCGAUGGGAACGUCAUGCUUUCUGGAUAA